AAGAGUGUUCGGGGAUUUUUAAUAGUAUUUAAAUAGAGCAUUUCUCAAUGAAAAAACUAGGGUCGACCACCCACACCAGAGGUGUCCACAAGAAGAGCAAGGGUGGUGGCAGAGAAAGGCAAAGGACAAACCUAUCGGAGCCACAUCUCUGCUGCGAACUACAACAAGAUCAUGUCAGUCCCAACAGGCGCACCCCAAGCGCCGCGUGGUCCGCCGCCAAUGUCGGCCCCAGGAGGCGGUUUCUCGACUGGUCCACCUGCAUCUGCUCCGAUCGCUAUGCAAACAAGUAGUCUUCGACGCCGAGGGUGCUCAACCUCUCCUCCACCAUUGAGCCGACAGAGCUCUGUAGCUCAUAGAAGGCGUGUGUCCACAGCUGCUGCGUUGUUGUCACCGCAUAAAAGACGGGAAGCCUUGGCUACUGGGUCGUUACCACCUACAUACUCGAGAGGAGACCGUGCUCAGCUGCUCCAAAAAUCUGCCAGUUCCUCCACUAAUCAGAUCAAUACUUUAGACGCUCUGCGUGGUUCUGCACGGCAGUGGUCAUUGCUAGCCUUACAUUGGCGUCGAUUAUCCCGACCUGAGACGGCCUUGCGCUAUCUUCACCUAGCUUUGGACGAGGCUGAUGAUUACUUCAAUGCGUAUGCUAAGCAGUAUUUUGGAGGUUCUGGGACAGCACAACCAAGUUUAAACAUUAGCACAUCUGCAGGCGCAGCUUUAGAACAAGAGCACCUAGAGGGUGAAGAAUUUCCUAUGCCACCUAACAAGGGUGAAGAAUUUCCUAUGCCACCUCCACUUGUACAGCAGCAGUUUGGUGGAGUAAAAGAUCCACCUAGCUCGGAGCCAAUGGUACCAGAAGGAGCUGCAGUUGAGCCAAGAACGGAAUCCGCACCAGGAGGAGCCACAGCAAGCACUUCUUCAACAUCUCGCUCAACAGCAAGACGUGGCGCGGUUUGUAUGCCGUCGUCGCCAUUUAGCUUUUAUUAUGGGCGUCGGGAAUUCAUCUCCACAGUCACCUGGAGAAGGGAGUCCAAAGACAAGAGGAAAAAAGGACCCAGAUGAUCCCUGAGAUGAAUUCCGGAUACCUCUAAUUUUAUUCAGAACAUCAACAAAAAGCAGAUGCGAGGGAGCGACCAAUGACGACACCAGCAGGACACACAACUUCUGCCUCUUCUAGUACUGCAGCAAAGAAUCAGUCUGGAGCAGAGAUGCUAUAUGAGUAUCAGCAGAAGAAUGCCGGACAGUUAUGGCCACUAUUUUUAUUUCUGCUCCUUCUUUUUGAGUGUAAAAACAUCAGCAUCUUCACGACAUUGCAUAGUCGUGUGGUCUACUUGCCUUCUAUCUUAUUUCCAGUUUAAGUCCUUAGUUAGAAGUCAUAUUCCUUCAUCUCUAACAUUUUCUCAAGGGCGCCAUCAGCAUCCUCCGAAUCCUCUAGUGGAGAAUCCAUUACCACCGUUUCGUGGCUUGCCGCAAGAGAUUCCCUCUAGGAUGCUGAUCCACUAUGAAAAUCAAGCAACCCCAGCACCCUUCUUUCCGCCAAAUCCGAAUAGUCGUCCGAUGUUACCGACUAGUGGAGGUCAUUCUGCUCCGAUAAGACCUAACAGGAACAUCAAGAACAAGACCUCUACAAAUUAUAGUAGAGCUGCCACUCCAGCUGCUGCGAGUGGCGGACCAGGUAUCUCGCCUAACGACAGCAUCAUAGUUGGAACAACGACUAGUGUCUACGCAGGUCCUGGUAGUAGUAUUCAAGGUGCAACCCUGGUGACUACUCCUGUGCGGAUGUCAGUACGGGAAAUAUUGUCGACAGUGUCUAGUACUGGGCCAGGAGCUGCGACUGGAGGGACUUCACCUACGCGUCAAAUGAUGUCGCCAGCAACUUUGUUUCCAGCAGAAGGUGGUUUACAGAUGAAUCUUAAUCUGAGUGCAGAGGCAGCUGGAUCUGGUGGAGGCUCUGACCCGGUCGUGGGAGGGAAUGAAGUGCUGCCGCCAGUAGCGUCACCUGUUGACGAUGAAUCUUCUCCUGCCAAGAACAAAGAUGCGCAAGAAUCACCGGCGAAAGUGGAAGAAAGCAACAAACAGGAUCAGCCUCCUGCAGGGUCACUACCACCUCCAGCAGGAGAUACCUCCAUAGUUGUAGAACCCCCCAUCCCACCCCACCAGCUAUCGAUCGCACAGUCAGAGCGACUGACGCUUCCUUUCGCCGCAGGUAAACACAUAGAGGGAGUCCUGCGGAUGAAUGCAGCUGCGGUGCUGAGUGAUUUGGAGGCCCAUGAAGAAAGCAAAGAGGAGUUGAUGAAGGGAUUGGCUUGUGCCGACGACAUCUUGGAAUUCUGCCAGACGCAGAUUCCCGGAGAUCGAUUGAAUGCAUUGUACUUUCUGUCUAAUAUUCGAGAGGUCUACUUUAUCUUCUUGGCAAGCUAGCAGUGGAUGAGCAGUAGUUUCUUUGUCUUCACACUAGAAGUAACUGUUGAUUGGGAUUGCUGAGAAUGAAAUCAUUCCAUGUUUUGGUUUACUAUCUUCAAGAAGAGAUGUACAACUGUGUACUAAUCUCUUCUCAACACCCAUUCAGGUACAAUUCUGGAGUUUCGUUGAAGAUUUUCGUGCUGGAAGCUUUGUCAGAGGAGGCGCCUCUGUGUCUGGGCAUAGCUGGCACCAUUGAUCUCCGACAAUUCUAUCGCGAACAGGCUUUACACGUAGCCAAAACCUUGCUUCCCGAAGACCAUAAUUUGAUUGCGUACACUACCGAGUUGGUCAAUAGCCGCGUUGGAAAGUCGAUCUCGGAAGGCCCAUGGCGAAGACCGUCUCCGAGUACUGACUUUCAUCUGUUAAUUUUCUUGUAGCAUCUUCAACACGUCUGGCUCUACUCGAGCCUGUUUCGUCCCGGACGGCGCGGGGCUUGGCCGUAGAGCCGCGGACCUCAAACCUUGAACCCUGAAACAAAGCUUACAACUAGUUCUUGAACCUUGAAACAUCAGGAAUCGUCGAGUGUUUCUCAUCAAGGAACUUCCUCCACACAUGAUCAAAUAUUAUCGUCCAGGAUCCGCCUCUCAUCCUGGCGCUUUCGACAUGCCACCUGAAUCGAGAUUUGGAAGAAAAAUCGGGAAACAUGAAGUCCAAGUAGCAACGGGAGAGCUCAUGUUCGACGACCUACGGUCUAAAAUCCCAGCUUCUAGACCAGAAGUGAUGCGAGGCUAUGAUCUCACCGGUCUGGAGAUGGCGAUGAUUGCGCAGGUGCUGUUUAUUAGAAGAAAGCAUGGUGCUACUAUGAAAUAGGCAUACAACUUUCUUAGUUUUGGAAGCAUACUUUCUCUCUAGUUUUGAUUCUCGACAAAAAAUGCUAUGAUAAAAUGCACUCACUAAGACUACAACUACAUACUUGGAGGACACUUCUCUAGGUUGACUGCGUGCCAGAAGGUCCUUGGUCAGAGAUGAGAAAGGCUGAUCCGGAGUUGAAGAAAGCACUUCAGGGGAUUACGUCGCAGACUGAACUUCGCCGUCAGCUUGCCGGAGUCGCUCCUUUGCAGCCGAUUACUGCAACUAUUAUGAUGAAGAUGGACUACCUGAUGAUCAUGAUAGUGAGAAUUCAUCAAGAAGCGUUGUUGAUGAUCACGAUAUCAGUUUUAGACCAAGGGCCUCGAUUUUUAUUUUGUUCGGAAAAUAAGGCACUAUAGAUCUUAGACGGAUAUCAUGGCGAAUUCAUCAAAGGUUAAUGGUGCUCUCUCUAGAAGAUGCCGGGCCGUUUUUAAGUGUGGUAAUGAUCCUACUUCGAGGGACUUUAGACUAGACAUAUUCAUUUUUCUGCUGGAUAAAAAUAAAACGCUUCUACUGUUAUUCAAAUUACCCAAGAUCCUCCUUUUGCUUUCAUAUCUCGCCUCACCGUAGCAGCACAGCCUGAAUCCGGACUAACCGCAGAGAAGUGCAACGUCCAGAAAUCCCUCGAGCGGCAUCCAUUGAGGAAGCGCAGCGAUCGUUAUACUACUGAGGAAUUUUACACGAUGAACCCGUUUCAAGAUUUCGCUGAUUUGAACGAGUCGCUGAGGCCCAGAUAUCAAUCCCCCAAUUACAUGAGGGAACAGAGGGAAGCGUACUUUUUCUAGCUCAACUGUUUGAUCGUCAUGUCUGUUGUAGUUUUCAGUUACUACACUUGUUACUUUUAGUGUAACGACGACUUCUAGGAGAACUUCACGUCAUUCUUAUGCUAUCCUUAUCAUGUCUGUUGUAGUUUUCAAUUACUACACUUACUUUUAGUGUAACGACGACUUCUAGGAGAACUUCACUUCUUAUAUGUAUUCUUCACUAGUUUUUACUAGUCCUAAUCAAUAGUAAUUCUUGUGGUCUACUUGCUUCUUAUGUAUUCUUCUAUCAACAACCAAGUUCACGUCCUAUGUAUUCUUCUGUCAACAACCAAGUUCUUAUGUAUUCUUCAAUUAACUGAACAACCAAGCCUCGAGUACGGUGCCCGUAUGUUCCGGGAGAAGAAAGCACACUAUGAUCAAGACGAGUUAUUUCAUCACCGACUGGAAUGCACACAGUGGGGGAACAGGGUGAAACAGAGGUCCCUAGUCAAUAUGCAGAGACUACGCGUUAAAGCCCAAGGUCGCACGCGCACUUUGAGCGAAAUGGAUAAGAAGGGUGGUCUGUUGCCAAAGCAGAUUGGACAGGAUGGUACCAGAUUGUGCAAUUCCUGUCGAUGAAACUGCAAUUGAUGUUAUAAGUUGCUGCUAUAGUGUGGUCUUAGAUGGUAGAGGUUGUUCUGUUAAACCGCGACCACAGGGAUACUUACAUACGUGUCUCGAAAAUUGUGAAAGCAAAAAAGACAAUGAUUUACGAUAAUUCACCACCACAAGAUUUCAUCACGACCUUCUCCCAGCACCGCGUCCCACAACACUCUCUGAACAAUCCACAGUCCGCAUGACCACAACGGAGAUCCGAAAUUCACAUAGACGAAUGGCCCAGCUCUUCCCAAAGGUGAAGGGAUAUGUCUUUCAAGGAGACAAGAUACGAGAAGACGACAAACAGAGACUCAUCGAUUUGAUGAUGUCACAGAAAAUAAAGAACAACGCGUCUGAUGCGGCUUACACCUUGCGAAUGAAGCACAUGAAGGAACCUCUGAAAAGCAUUUGGAAGGACUUUAUUGAGGUACUUGCAGCUUCAGUAGAGAAGUUAUAUCAGAAGAUAUAGAUUGUUAUAUCAGAUAGAUAUAUAUUUGGUUUCUUAGAUAUAGAUUGUUUUUGCCAUCCCGUUGCUGACAUUGCACCUUAUAUCGUUACCGCAAGAGCAAGUAGAGCGUGCUGUUAUUUGGUUUCUUUUCAUCAUCUCCUCUUAGAUAUAGAUCGUUUUUGCCAACUUUUUCUACCUAGAAACGCGACACGGACAGCAUUCAUUGACUAAAUCUAAAAAAAUUAUAAGAUAACGUUGCUGACAUUGCACCUUUCUCCAACAUUUCCCACCUACAGUUACGCAAGCGAGAAACGGGUUUGCAUAUCAAGUUCGAUACAGUCCAGGAGAGGAGGCCUCGGACCAUGUCCGCAAGAAGGCAAGCGCAAGAGAAGGCGAAGCAAGAAGGGAAUAAAGAAUUUAUGAACAAUUUUCAGCUAGAACUAGAUCAUGUUCGGUUUAUUUGUGGUUGUCGUGCAUAAUGAGUAUUUUUGAAUAGAGACGAGGUGUAGUCCUCCUGCUUCUAGAUCAUAGAAAUACUGUCAGACCACGUCUCUACGGUCAACACGGAAACAGGGACAACAGCACGCAGUCCUAGACUACUUACUAGGCAAGGUUGCAACAUCAACCCUGCUGGGAAGCCGAUUUCCAUCUCGCAAGACUCAAAAUUCGCUGAAACUAUCAACAGAGGAGUUUGCUCCACUACUUGAGUCCUUCGAGUAGUUAGUAGGUGAAUCAGAAUCAGAGCCCCUUCUAAUCUCCCAUCCACGUCCAAUCGCGAGACGCCUGAGCCAUCUAGUUGGUUGGAUUAUCGUUUCCGCGACUAUCGACCGAAGGGGGAAUGGGCCAAGGAAUUUGCCGUUCAAGCGCAGCUUGAUGAGCAAAGGAGGCUGGCGAGACUGGGUGGAGCUGCGGCAUAAGGGACUUUGUUGUAAGCACUUGGUUGUUCUGUUGUCAACAUGUUGUACUGUUGAUAGCUGAAAGGCCUCGGUGGUGUCAGUAGGACACAUGAAAGAGGGUCCAUGACAGGACAUUAUGCACCAGCACGACUAGUAUAUCUUGCAUAAUGCUGUCGUUUAAUGUCAUAUAAUCGAUUUUUUGAGAAUAGUAUUAGUAAGUACAGCACUCCUCGACUCUUAGUCACAUUAAAUUUGCCAAGAAUACCUUUGCAUCUGAGCUUCGCUACCUAGUAGGUAACAAAGAAAUCUUUGAGAACUGAUUAUUUCCAGGAACGAAACGAAGACCAGGAAGCAGUAUAUGCAUUAGUAAAAAAAGUUACAUUCUUUGUUCAUGAUAUUAGCUUAGAGCUUCUUCUUGUCAUUUAAAGAACUGCUUAUAAUGAGCAAGCUACUCAAACUCAUGCUCAUCUUCUGUUGACGACUUUUACUCUAUGUAUCCAAGAACAUUGAAAAAAUAGUCAGUGGCAUAUACAUCCAGAAUAACAGCACUCAGAUUCGCUCAAGGAAGAAGUGGCACCAUACUACACGCAUCACGCCGUAAUAUAGUACAACCAGCACUAAAACAAGCAACUAGAAGCAAUCGCAGCGAAUUGAAUAGUUAAUGCAUGAUGAUGAAGAAGAGCAGAAUGAACAUCAGGGCGUAGUUAAUGCAUGUAGAGCUAUUGCAUAUUCCAAUGAGUAAGAAAGUGAGAGUAAGUAU